UUUUUCAAGGUAUGAAGAUGUAUAUGGAAAGAAUUGUUAAAUCAAAAUUUGCUAUUCGGAAAAUAAUGCUUCUAGAAUUUAGCCAGUACCUAGAAAAUUACUUGUGGAUGAAUUAUUCUCCUGAGGUGUCCAGCAAAGCUUAUUUGAUGUCAAUCUGUUGUAUGGUGAAUGAAAAGUUCAGGGAGAAUGUGCCAGCAUGGGAGACCUUCAAAAAGAAGCCAGAGCACUUCCCAUUCUUUUUCAAGCGUGUGCUGGAUGCUUCCUUGGUUGAGAAUGACAGUGAAUUUUCUCUCCAAGAACAGACAAUACUCUUACUCUUCCUUGAUCACUGCUUCAACAGUUUGGAAGUUGAUUUGAUUAGAGAACAAGUCCAGCAGCUCAUCUCCCUGCCAAUGUGGAUGGGUUUGAAGCCUGCUCGUCUGGAACUUGAAUUGAAGAAGACUCCAAAGCUUAGAAAAUUUUGGAAUUUGAUCAGAAAGAAUGAUGGGAAAAUGGAUGAAAAUGCACAAACACAAGCAUACCAAGAAAGAAGAUUUCUUUCACAAUUAAUUCAGAAAUUUAUCUCCGUAUUAAAAUCAAUACCACUUACAGGUCCUCUCUCUAUGGAUAAAGUGCACUAUUGUGAAAGAUUCAUUGAACUCAUGAUAGAUCUAGAGGCCCUGCUUCCAACACGACGCUGGUUUAAUACUGUCCUAGAUGAUUCCCACCUAGUUGUGCAUUGUUAUUUGUCCAGCUUAGCUAAAAGAGAGAAGGAAGGCCAUCUUUUCUGCCAGCUUUUAGACAUGCUCAAGUUCUAUACUGGCUUCGAAAUUAAUGAUCAGACUGGAAAUGCACUGACAGAGAAUGAAAUGACCACAAUUCACUAUGAUAGAAUUACUUCCCUCCAGAGGGCAGCUUUUGCACAUUUCCCAGAACUUUACAAUUUUGCCCUUUCAAAUGUAUCUGCUGUGGACACACGUGACUCCCUAAUAAAGCUUUUUGGACCCCUAAGUCCAAGUACACUCCACCAGGUGGCAUCAUAUCUCUGCUUACUGCCAGCCCUACCUGAAGGGGAAGAUACAAACUAUGAAAAAGAGUUUCUGCUUGAACUUCUGGUAUCCCGGCAUGAACGUCGAAUUUCUCAAAUUCAGCAGCUGAAUCAAAUGCCUCUGUAUCCCACUGAAAAGAUUAUUUGGGAUGAAAAUAUUGUCCCAACUGAAUAUUAUUCUGGAGAAGGCUGUCUUGCCCUCCCAAAAUUGAAUUUACAGUUUCUGACUCUGCAUGACUACCUCCUUCGAAAUUUCAACCUCUUUCGCCUAGAGUCUACCUAUGAGAUCAGGCAGGACAUAGAGGAUAGUGUCAGUAGGAUGAAACCAUGGCAAUCUGAAUAUGGUGGUGUUAUCUUUGGAGGAUGGGCUCGAAUGGCACAGCCCAUUGUCUCUUUCACAGUCAUAGAGGUAGCAAAACCCAACAUAGGAGAAAACUGGCCCAUGAGAGUCCGAGCAGACGUAACAGUCAACUUGAAUGUUAGAGACAACAUCAAGGAGGAGUGGGAAGGUCUGCGUAAACAUGAUGUUUGCUUUUUAAUUACUGUUCGGCCUACACAACCCUAUGGUACAAAAUUUGAUAGAAGGCAACCAUUUGUUGAGCAGACUGGCCUUGUAUAUGUUAGAGGAUGUGAAAUCCAAGGCAUGUUGGAUGACAAAGGACGUGUCAUUGAAGAGGGACCAGAACCCAAACCAAGGCUUAAAGGUGACUCAAGAACAUUUAGAGUUUUCUUGGAUCCUAACCAAUAUCAACAGGACAUGACCAAUACCAUUCAAAAUGCAGCAGAAGAUGUGUAUGAAACAUUUAAUAUAAUAAUGAGAAGAAAGCCAAAAGAAAACAACUUUAAAGCUGUUCUGGAAACAAUAAGGCAUUUGAUGAAUACCGACUGUGUGGUUCCUGAUUGGUUACAUGAUAUUAUCCUUGGCUAUGGAGAUCCAAGUAGUGCUCAUUAUUCAAAAAUGCCAAAUCAGAUUGCCUCCCUGGAUUUUAAUGAUACUUUCCUUUCCAUCGAUCACUUAAGAGCCAGCUUUCCUGGAUACAGCAUUCAAGUAGCAGUUGAAGAUCCUUCACUUCAAGUUCCUCCAUUUAGAAUAACAUUUCCAGUUGAUAAUGAAGUGGGAAAGAAACGCAAAGAGUAUGAUGAAGAAAGAGCAGAAGACCCCAGAGUGUUGAUUGUUGAGCCACAUGUUAUCCCCAACAGAGGACCUUACCCAUACAAUCAACCAAAACGCAAUACAAUUCAGUUCACUCAUACCCAAAUUGAAGCUAUACGAGCAGGGAUGCAACCUGGGUUGACUAUGGUUGUGGGACCACCUGGGACAGGGAAAACUGAUGUAGCAGUCCAGAUAAUAUCUAAUCUCUAUCACAACUUUCCUGAACAAAGGACCCUUAUUGUUACACAUUCAAAUCAGGCCUUGAACCAGCUGUUUGAGAAAAUCAUGGCUCUAGACAUUGAUGAGCGUCACCUCCUGCGUCUUGGUCAUGGAGAGGAAGAACUGGAGACAGAGAAGGAUUUCAGCAGGUAUGGAAGAGUAAACUAUGUUCUGGCUCGGAGGUUAGAGCUUCUGCGGGAAGUUGGGCGAUUGCAAGAAAGUCUGGGGGUCCCAGGAGAUGUUUCCUAUACUUGUGAAACAGCUGGCCAUUUCUUUUUAUAUCAGGUAAUGUCUCGUUGGGAAGAGUAUAUGAGCAAAGUGAAAGUUAAAGGCAGCAAACUGCCUGAUGUUGCUGAUAUCUGCAGCUUCUUUCCUUUUCACCAGUAUUUUGCAAAUGCCCCUCAGCCAAUUUUCAAAGGACGAUCUUACACUGAAGACAUGGAAAUUGCUGAAGGAUGUUUUAGACAUAUCAAGAAGAUAUUUACUCAACUUGAGGAAUUCAGAGCAUUUGAACUGCUUCGCAGUGGACUUGACAGAUCCAAAUACCUACUUGUGAAAGAAGCAAAGAUCAUUGCAAUGACUUGUACGCAUGCUGCUUUGAAACGCCAUGACUUAGUUGAGUUGGGCUUCAAGUAUGAUAAUAUCUUAAUGGAAGAGGCUGCUCAGAUACUGGAGAUCGAAACAUUUAUACCACUUCUCUUGCAGAAUCCACAGGAUGGGUUCAGCCGAUUGAAACGGUGGAUCAUGAUUGGGGACCACCAUCAGUUGCCUCCAGUUAUUAAAAACAUGGCUUUUCAGAAAUAUUCCAACAUGGAGCAGUCUCUUUUUACGCGAUUUGUUCGCGUAGGAGUGCCAACCGUUGACCUAGAUGCUCAGGGUAGAGCUAGAGCAAGCUUGUGUAAUCUCUACAAUUGGCGUUACAAGAACCUGGGGAAUUUGCCACAUGUACAACUCUUGCCUGAAUUCAGAACAGCAAAUGCUGGUUUCUUGUAUGACUUCCAGCUUAUAAAUGUAGAAGAUUUUCAUGGUGUAGGAGAAUCUGAACCAAAUCCUUAUUUCUACCAGAAUCUUGGUGAGGCAGAAUAUGUUGUUGCGCUCUUCAUGUACAUGUGCCUGCUGGGUUACCCUGCAGAGAAGAUAAGCAUCUUGACAACAUAUAAUGGACAGAAACACCUGAUUCGGGAUAUUAUUAACCAGCGUUGUGGGAAUAACCCACUGAUUGGAAGACCAAACAAGGUGACAACUGUAGAUAGAUUUCAAGGUCAGCAGAAUGAUUAUAUAAUCCUUUCACUUGUGCGGACCAAAGCAGUUGGACACUUGAGGGAUGUCCGGCGUUUGGUGGUUGCAAUGUCAAGAGCCAGACUUGGGCUUUAUAUAUUUGCAAGAGUAUCACUGUUCCAGAACUGCUUUGAGCUAACUCCAGCAUUCAGCCAGCUGACCGCUCGUCCUCUCCAACUGUAUAUUAUCCCCACAGAGUAUUUUCCAGCAACACGGCAGAAUGGAGAACAUCCAUCUCAUCAAGUCCAUGUUAUAAAGAAUAUGCCUCAGAUGGCCAAUUUUGUGUACAACAUGUAUAUGCAUAUGAUACAAAGUACACGUCAACACAGACAGCAGGAUUUAUUGCCCCCUCCGGCAUUGAUUGAAGAAAAUGAAACACGUCGCUCUCAAGUAAGUGAAAUAGUUCCAAGCAGGGAAGCUGAGAUGGAAACAGAAGAUGAAAUCAAAAGCACCCCAGUAGAAAUGGUGGAAGAUAAAGUUUUGGAAGAGAAACAAAACACAGAAGAGGAAGAGGAGCAUCGGAAAAUGCCCGAGCAUCCAGGAAGAGAUAGCGAUAGUGAAGAUAGUGAAACAGAGGAACCUGCUGAAAAAUGAACAUUGGUCUUUCAAGCAAAAGUCUGAAAAACGAGUAUAUGUUAAAAUUGCUGUGCAACAGUGACCAGUGCUGUGUGUAUCCACUCACUAGUUAAGUGGGCCAGACGUCUAAAUGUUAAUGAUGCUUGAAGUAUCAUUUCUUCAUAGCAAGUAACAAGUAAAAUGUAUGAAGUGAACCAUUAACAUGGUUGUAGACAAAAGACUGUAAGUGGAAUUUCAUUUUAUAUUUUUAUAUGUACAUGAUGUAUUUAGUAAAACAGUUUUAAUCUAUUA